UUGCAGGAAGGAUCUGUCGAGAUGCGAUGGGAGUAGUCCGUGCUCUUGCGGAUCUGAUAUAGCAGGAGGUGCGAUUAACCAGAAGUAUGGCAAGCGUGAGCAGAUGCAGAUGCUGCUUGUUGUCACUGGUCCUGCUUGCUUUUGCUUUCUUCUCGUCUACAGGAGUGAAAGAUUCGGGCUUCACUUUGGACAAGUUGGAGGAUGAAUUCCUAUCUGGUCUUUCUAACAAUACAAUCAGUAAGUUUCUUAAGGAGCUUACGUUGGAGCCACAUGUAGCCGGCACGGCAGAGGACCUCGCUACCGCAAAAUACGUUUUUGAUCAUUUUGAAGCUUCCGGGAUUGUGGCUCAUUACUCUGAUUACAGUGUGCUCCUCUCUUAUCCGAUCCGAAGAUCUCUAUCGUUGCACCUUCCUGAUGGUUCCUUGAAGGACUUCACUUUGAAAGAAGAGGCAGUCGAGGGCGACCCUUACAGCACUAAUCCGAAGGUGAUUCCAACUUUCUUCGCUUAUUCACCUUCUGGUACCAUCAGCAGUGAAGUUGUUUAUGUAAACUAUGGUCGAGAAGAGGAUUUUCUCACUUUGAAGGAUGAAGGAGUCAAUGUAACUGGUACAGUGGUCAUUGCAAGGAUCGGGAAGAUCUUCCGAGGGGAUAUAGCUGCAAAUGCAGCAGCAGCAGGUGCAGCUGCUGCCAUAACCUACUCGGAUCCUUUCGACUAUGCAGGGAACGGAAGUCAAGGUUACUAUCCUUCUUCACAGUGGUUGCCCCCAUCUGGUGUUCAACGAGGUUCCUUGUUUUUGACUAAUGGUGAUCCUCUUACUCCUGGAUGGCCCAGUGUUCCGGAUGCUGAAAGGCUGGAAAUCUCCCAAGUGCAGUUUCCUAAGAUACCUGUGUUGCCAGUUUCGGCUCAGGAUGCGCUACCAAUACUGGAAGCACUAACAGGGAAGGUUGCUCCACAAGAGUGGCAGGGGGGACUACAACUGUCCUCAUACCGACUUGGGAGGGGUCCUGCUAAAGUCAAGUUGAGCUAUGAAGGGAAUUUGACGAUGGCUCCAAUCAGAAAUGUUAUAGGGAUGAUUACAGGGUCUGAAGAGCCAGACAGGUAUAUUUUGCUCGGAAACCAUCGAGAUGCAUGGACAUUUGGAGCAGCCGACCCCAACAGUGGCACUGCAUGUCUUCUUGAAAUUGCACGAGGAUUCGGAAACUUGCUGAGCCUCGGGUGGCGACCGAGGCGAACAAUUAUUUUCUGUAGCUGGGAUGCGGAAGAGUUUGGCUUGAUAGGGUCAUCCGAAUGGGUUGAGAGGAAUCUCAAUUUAUUGGCUUCUAGAGCAGUUGCUUACCUUAACGUCGACUCAGCAGUUGGUGGUCCUAAUUUUGAUGGACGUGCGACCCCCCAGCUGGACAAUAUACUGCUGGAAGUCACCAAGAAGGUGAAGGAUCCAAAUUCAGUAUACGGGACAGUAUAUGAAGCUUGGUCUGCAUUGAACGGCCAUGGUACUCCUAACAUUGGAAGGCUGGGUAGUGGAUCUGAUUUCUCGGCAUUCUUGCAUCAUGCUGGUAUUCCUUCAUGUGACAUCCGAUAUCAAACUCUUUACCCUAUGUAUCAUUCACUGUAUGAUGAUUACAACUGGAUGGAACGCUUUGGAGAUCCCAUGUUUCACCGGCACGUUGCAGUUUCUGGAAUAUGGGGCCUCCUUGCAAUCCAUCUUGCUGGUGAUGCUGUUUUAUCCUUCAACUAUGCUAACUAUGCCGACGAGCUGGAGGCGGGUGCAAUGGCAUUGCAAAAGAAUUUGCUGCAAGCAUCAGAAAACAUCACAGCAAAUCCCUUAUUUCCUGCGAUAUCAAAACUUCGAGCAGCUGCUGCUCAAUUGGGAGCAGAAAUGAUUCAAAUGAAGGUACUCACUGAUGCUCAAACCUUGUCUAAGCUGAGGUCCUUGAAUGAUCGGAUGCUUCUGGCCGAGCGAUCGUUCUUGGAUCCUAGUGGACUGACCGGGACUUCCUGGUAUAAGCAUGUUAUAUAUGGGCCAUCAGGUAAGAAUCACUACAAUUCGCAGUUAUUUCCGGGUGUUUGUGACGCACUAGCUGCUGCAAUGAGUAUCAACAACAAGGCUAGCUGGAACGCGUUGCAGCAUGAGAUUUGGAAGGUAGCACGAGCAAUAACAAAUGUGGCUCAUUUCUUAAGUGGUGAACUUCAUUGAGGGACAUUUCUCUAAAGAACCAUGCAACCACUUCCUAGUCAAGUGGACUGAAACUUAAAUGCCACACAAAUUAUUGGGA